UGCGUGCGCAUACUAUUAUUCGCGGACUUUGUCAGUGAUGAGGAAACAAAUUUACUUAUUGAUAUUGUUUCAUUUUUAUCUGUACUUUGCGUUUUCAGAACAAAUAAGUUUUGUGAAGGAAUCCAAAGUACCACGAAAUUCCUCAAGUGCAACUUACAAAAAAUGGAAUGACAUUACUAAGGAUAAUGUUGGCAAAGGGAAGAAAUUAUUUGAGAAUGGAGCAAAAAUGGGUCCAACAAAAUUUUCAAAUUUCAGUUUUUCUGAGUUUAAAGAAUUAUAUCUUAAUGACUUACAGCCAAGUGUGAAACUUUUGAACCAUACCAGAGUUAUACCUGUUCAUCAGCUGAGAAAACUUAAAAUUCUUCAAAAACUAGACUGGAGAACAUAUUUAAACUACAGUAUUAUCUCACCUGUGAAGGACCAGAAGAAAUGUGGAGGAUGCUGGGCUUUCAGUACUGUAGAGACAGUAGAGAGCAUGGUUGCCAAGACAACAGGAAGUUCACCACCAUCGUUAUCUGUACAGCAGGUUAUAGACUGUUCUAGUAAUAAUGAAGGUUGUCAAGGUGGAGAUACUUGUACAGCACUCAAGUGGAUGGUAAAUACCAAGACACCUCUUGUCUCAGAUAUACAUUAUCCACUAACAGAUGAAUCCAAUUUCUGUAAAAUUGAACCAAAUAAGACAAAAGGGGUCCAAGUGAAGAAUUACAAAUGUUAUAGACACGUGAGUGAAGAUAAAGUGUUACAGUUAUUACAGACAGGUCCCCUAGUUGCUGCUGUAGAUGCUACCACCUGGUAUAAUUAUCAAGGGGGGAUAAUUCAGUAUCAUUGUGAUGCCUUCAUAAAUCAUGCUGUACAAAUUGUUGGCUAUGACUUAACUGGUGAAGUUCCAUUCUAUAUUGUACGUAAUUCAUGGGGUAAUGAUUUUGGACAUGAAGGUUACAUAUAUAUCAAAAUUGGUGCCAACGUAUGUGGAAUUGCCUCGGAGAUCUCCACAGUGUCAGUGUAAGCUUGAAUGUGCGGAUUAAAAAGAAACAAUGCUGGUGAUUCUGGUGAAAUUUUUAGCCAAGUUUUGUUAAAUUUAAAAAGUAACCAGUAUGUGAUAAAUACAGUUUUAUAUAGUCCAUUUUUGAUAUGUGAUAUAUCAAUGUAUAUUUACAAUACCAAAGGUUGUCAUAGUUAUAAAAGACUUUUUUUGUCCACACUGGCAGUGUGCCUUAACUUUAAAGGAAAGUAAUUUUGAAAUUUUGUAAUUCAUGUAAAAGUUUAUUAUGUAGUUUGUCAUGUUGUUUAUCGAGAAGCCUAGUCUAUUUUCAUUGUAUAUUUUAUAUAAUUGACUAGAAACUUAAUCAAACAUAUACUUCUUUAUGACAGACAUUGCAAAAAGAAUGAAAUAAUGUGUUCACCCAUGAUCAUCAUUUUCAUAAUUUUUACACAUAGACAAUGUUCAGUGAUUUUAUAGAGAGAUAUUUUUAUAAUAUAAAUGAAUGUAAAACAGA